CGUAUCUCUGUGUGCACUCAGCUCCGGUGCAGUGUGUGUUGGACAAAGACUCUCUGGUGGAUGGACUUCGAGUUCUGAUCCCAAUGGAUGACCAGCUCCUGUACGCUGGACACGUGAACACCGUGCACUCCCCUGACAUAUAUAGUGUGGUGGUGGAGGGAGAGCGAGGGAACCGACCACACAUCUACUGUCUGGAGCAACUGCUGCAGGAAGCUAUCAUCGACGUAAAGCCUCCAUCCGUGCGUUAUCUCCCAGAGGGCACUCGCAUCGCUGCCUACUGGAGCCAGCAGUACCGCUGCCUUUACCCCGGCACUGUAGUCAACGGUACAGCAGCA